AUGAAUGGUGUGAAACGUUCAUUUAAGCUAUCCACAUUCUUAAUUUCUACUGGGAUUCCUUCAUUUGACGAAUUACUUGGUGGUGGUGUGACCUCAGGAAGUAUAGUUCUUAUCGAACCAGAUUUUCACCAAACAUAUGCAAAACUGCUCUUAAAUUUGUUCGUAGCAGAAGGUAUAUUAUCGGGUCAUAGUAUAUUCUAUGGUGCAACGGAAACAUUUGACAAUUUACUAUGUAAAUUACCAGAUCAUAUGACUUCUACAAAUGAGAUCAAAGAAGAAAUUUCAGAUCUUAAAAUCGCUUGGCGUUAUCAAAAUGUCCCAAACACCAAGAAUGUAAAUUCAUCUGUAUCGAGUUUAGGGCAUCAUUUCAAUAUAACCAUACCCAUGAAUGCAACUGCUCGAAUAUCUGAGAAAAAUGUGUCAACUUGUUAUUUUCAACCGGAUAGUAAAAAAACAUUGCAUACCAAUCUCUUCAGUUUAAUUCAAAAAUUAAUUAUUUUUCGAUCAAACACAAAAGUGUCUUCUGGUAUACAACGGAUAGUGAUAAACUCAUGCGGCUCUCCUAUGUGGGGUUAUUGCAAAGAUACUCAACAGUUUUACAGGAAUAUGCUUAAUUUCUUUGCUACAUUACGCCUGUUAAUUCAAAACAGUCACUGUACAGUUUUUGUCACGUUACCUACAAUGAAGCUACCGCCUGGUCUAUUGACUCGUCUAUCUCAUUACUGUGAUUAUAUGUUUCGAGUACAAGGACUGCGUGACCAGAUACAGGCGAAUCCAGUGUAUUCAGAAUAUGAUGGUCUACUCACAGUUCUUCAUAUUCCUUGGUUAAUCAGUGGGAAUACACUUGAACCAGCUUUCAGAUCAUCUACACUUGAAUGGUGUUUCAAGAUAAAACGACAUCAGCUAGUUGUGCAGCAUUUUCACUUACCACCUUCUCUAUCCGAUACAGUAAAUAGAUCCAAUGCACCGGAAGGAGUCUUCACAUGUUCCAAAUUGCACGAAAAUCAGUUAGAAUUUUGA